AUGAAAAAUUACAGUGCGGAAAAAGAAGCGGGGGAAGGAACAAUAGGAGGGGGUACAAAAAAAGAGAUAAGAUGUACUCCAUUAAAUAGUGACAAUGAUAAAUGUUAUGAGGAUAAUCAUGAUAUAAGCGGAUACUCGUUAAAUAAAUUUUGUAGCAUUUCACUAAGAACUAUUUUGAGUAGAAAAAAAAAGAAAUUACGAAAAAUUCUGUCUUGUGUUCCUUCUAAAAAGUACUCUAAAUUAUACCCUCACAAACGAACUAACAAUUUAAUAUACAAAGUGGGCAAGAAAAGUCGAUAUUUUUUAAAUAGAACAAAUUAUAAGGUGUUAUUUUCCCCUUCUAAUUUUGAAAAAAGUAUAUUAAGUUUAUAUAAAAUAAAUUAUUCUGUUCUAAAAAAGUGCAAUUAUGUAAAGAGGAAAAUUUUCCAUAUUUUUAGAAAAAAUGAACUUCGUACUAAACAUAGUAGUUACGCUAUUUACGAUAGUUAUGAUAAAAAGUUAAAAAAUAUUUUUAUUAAUUUUAUUUUUAGACAUCAUACGUAUAUCUAUUUCAUAUUUAAUAUAGAUGAAAAAUAUUUAUCAUUACUUAGAAACAAAUUUAUUUUUAAUACGGUAAUAACAAGUAAGAAAAAGGGUCUUUCCAAACCAUGUAACUUUAUGUUAAGUAAGAAAAGGGUACUAAGAACUGUAAAUAGGAAGAUGACAAAAUAUGAAAAGAGGUACCACUGCUUAAUCGAUGUAAUACUUCGUCUUAUAAGGAAGAAAAAUCUUAUUAUAACUUUUUGCUCAAAUAUUAAGUAUAUUACUGUAUUAAUGAUAGAAAUUGAAAAUUUCGAGAAAAUUAUAAAAUACUUACUAAUUUUAAAAAAUUUUAUAACUACCUAUAAACAGUUCUUUGUGAACGUUUUAGGCUUCUUCAGUCAUCAUAAGCUUUAUUCUUGUCGGGACAUUAGCAGUGGUUUGUUAUACAGGGAAAACGUUUUUGUGCAAAAAAGAGAUGAUAAUUUUACCUUCAUUCAGAGGAAUAAUAAUGAUAGAAAGGCAUCAACAUGUGUACACGUAUCAGGAAUAGAUGAUAAAUUAUUCCACCAAAUGUGUUUUUCAUUUAUAUAUUUAUUUAUUCAAGUAUUUAUAACGUACGUACAGUUACUGUUAAGUGGAUUAACAAAAUAUAAGGAAGAUGCUAAGAAAAGAUACAUAUUAUUUAAAAUUAUAGUGAGUAACACAUAUGGAAUUCUAAGAAUUAGGAAAAGGAAAAAAACAGAAAAUAAUAUUCUUAUCAACAGCAGAGGAAAUAUUUUCUUUUUAUUAAAAGGCAUGACGAGUAGGAGAAAAAUUAGAAGUAGGUUAUACAGGAGUUGUACAUUCAUAUCUCUUAUUGAUACAGUUGUAAAAACCUUGAAUAAGGAUUGGAUUCGUCUAAGUUUAUUUUUCCACAACAGUAGAUGGAUAAACUAUAUAGGGCGUAUUUUAAUUGAUUUUUUAUUAACCCUAUUAAGGGGUAUUAAUAUAAGAUAUUCACAAAAUGAAAAAAUUGAGUUAACUUUUAAAAAUAAUAAACAUACAAAAUAUAGAAUGUAUGAACAAAAAAUGGAAAACUUAUUUACGCAAAUUGAGUAUCAAAUUAUAUAUAUGUUUUUUAAAAAAAAAUUCCUAUACUGUUUUGAGAAAUUUUUAAUGUUAAAUAAUGAUAAAUACAGUAUGGAAGGAGACCAUACCAAUUUUAUAAAAACAGCAGAAAAUAUUAUUUAUACUAUUAUUUAUAACAGUAAGGGGGAAAAAAGGAUUUUAUUUUAUAAAUACUAUAAAAUAUAUAUCGAAAUUGUACAUAUGAUAAGGGAAACUAAUGUUACCAAGAAGAAGAAGCAUACCUUCGUAAAUUACUUCUAUACGUCGAACGGGGAAACCUUGAAAAGAGACAGUGGUAAUGAUUGUAGCAGUAGCAGUAGUUGGGGUAAAAUUUUUGGAAAAAAAAAUUUACCGCAGCACAGACAUGAGUUUUAUGUACAAAUAACGAACAGGAUCUUCCUACUUUACGUCAUGUUGUCAUAUUUGAAAAAAUCAAAAAGAGCUACAAAAUUUAUGAAGAUAUUUUUGAAAAUAUUUUUCCUAAUAUCUGAGCAAAAAAAUUUUGCUUUGCAGUUUUACUUUUAUAAAAUAAAAAUUUUGGAGCACUUGCUGAAUUAUACAGAUAAUUCUACAUUAGGAGGAAGGAAGUUUCAUCACACUAGUAUUGGAAACCUAAGUAAUAUAUUUCCCUUGAAUGGUAAACAACUUCCUUAUGGAAAAGGAGCAAAGAAGGGAAAAAAUAAAGGAAAAAGGAAAAAACAAUUCUUAGACAAUUUCCAUUACUCAUUAAAUAGUAGUAGCAAGGAAGAAUGUAGAAAAAGUAAUACAAAAAAUGUUUUCAUUCCCCAGAUAUCAUUAAAUCGUAUUUUCAAUUCAUCAAAAUUCUCAGUAGAAAAUAACACAAAGGUUUUUUCCACGAGUCGUUUUGUUGAACCAUCUUUUCAUUCGUCUUCUUCAAAUCGUUUAGACCAUCAAUCGAUAGGUAGUUGUAGAUCACACUCCCUUAGAGAAGAAAGAAGCAAAUCAUCUUCGUCAAAAUGUUAUUACUGGAAAAAUAAAAAUUUAAGGAGUCAUAAGAAGUAUACAAUGAGCGAAGGAUAUAUACGCAUAUCCAAGUGUAAUAAAAAUAGUGCGUAUUGUAGUAAUAGCUUGGGAGGAAAAAACAAUUAUCCUGAUUCAAUGAUAGUGUCACAUGUUAAAAAUAAGCAUGAGAGUAAAUUUGUUAAUAAAUAUAAUGAAAGUCCGUCCAUUAUGAAAUGGACAAUCCUUUUGAUUUUCUCAUUAAUAAUAUCAUAUAACAAAAAGGACCUAAACAAUUUUUACUUUAAUGAGAAUUUUUAUGAUGAUUACAAAAAAGUUAAUAAGUAUAUUGAGAGAAAAAUAUUUACAAAAAAUAACAAAAUAAAAAUACUACAUCUAAAAAACUUUUUGAAAAUAUUAAAUAAAUUAUUCUCUUUCCAUAGGUUAGUUAAUUCGGAACAUCUGCCUAUUAUGAACAUUCUGCAGUCAUACCUGAAUAGCGGAAAGAGUAGUUGCAAGGGUAGCUGGAAGAGUAACUGCAAUGGAAAAAAAAGCGGUAAUGGUAACCGUAAAAGGGUUAACGAAAUGGUGCACAGAGCAGUCAGACUUACACAAAAUAACGAGCAGCUUCAAAUAUUGUACAACAUAUCCAUAAUAAAAAACUUAACACAUCUUAAGUUUCUAAAGAAAAUUAAUGAAGACGGUAAUGGCAAGAUAUAUAUGUGCUCUUAUUCCGUUUUUAGUGACCAACCGUUUAUUAUGAAAUUAAUAAGUAUAAAAAAGGAUGUUAAUGAAAAUUAUAUUUUUAAAAACAUUUUUAAUGAAAUAAAAUGUCUCCUCAAAUUUCAAUAUGUAAAUAGCAGAAUAUGUCAAGUGUACGAAUAUGGCGUGGUAAAAAAUGAUGACAACAGGAAUUAUUUUACGUAUUAUAUUCUGAUGAAAUAUUAUGAUUGCAAUUUAAAACAGUAUAUUAACAACUUACAUUCUAAUUAUUUAGAGCAAAGAGAAAUAAUUAAAAACGAAGAAUUUCCUUCACCUCCUAGCAAAAAGGAAAAUAAAACAUCCAAUUUACAUUUAAGAAGAAGGAAAAUACUUCAAAAAUUAACCAUAAAAAAAAAAAAAAAAAAAAAAAAUCAUGCUUUUUGUGAAAAGAAAAAACAAUUAUAUAAAAAUAAGAGUAUAACUUUUUACUACCAUGUAAUGAAAAAAAUUACCCAUAUGAGAAUAAUUGAUUUGCAAUACGCACUUCUUGUUUUAAAAAUUUUCAAUCAAAUUGUUGAACAGAUUAUGAGCAUACAUAAAAGAGGGAUAGUCCAUUUUGAUAUUAACACAAGUAAUAUUUUGAUGAAUUAUAGUGAGCUCAUUCCUCUACUAAUUUGUUGCAACACAUCACACAAGAAAGUAAUGUUUAGCGAAAAAGGGGAAGUUUCUUUUCCCAAAGAGUGCAAUACAAGUCCAAAUGCAGUUGCUACAUAUAGUUACACGGCUACUUCUGCUGUUAUUUCCACUACUGUGAACGUAUCAGGUUUACAAAGGAAAGAUGACAACAUCAUGAUAAGGUAUUUAAACGUUCCUCAGGUCCCAGCGAUAUGUGUGGAAAGUAGAAAAGUCAGUAUAGGGCAUGGACUUAUAUAUAUACCAUCAAUUGUUAUAAACGAUUUUGGCGAGAGUAAAUUUUUUUUUAAUAAUAAUGAUUUUCUUUUUUUUAGAAUAAAUAGAGGUAAUGAAAUUUUAUCAUCCCCCGAGCUAAUGAUGAAUAAUAAUUGGAGAAAAAAGGUGUGUCAUGUCGUAACAAAAGGCGCACAUGUAGGGAAGGAAACAAAUAAUAGAGGCAAUGAAUGCGCAAAAUUUAAAAAUAUUAUUAAAAGAAGAGACAAGCUAUUGGCACCUUUUACGAGAAAAAAUAAUUGUAACAGAAUAAGAAAACGAACUAACUCGUUCGGAAGUUAUGAAUCUUUAUCCUUUAAACCCUGUAAAUGCUUAGAAAAAAUAGUAGCAAUUAUAAAAAAAAAACUGCAGAAAAAACACAAAUUUGAAAAAAGAAAAAUGUAUAUACAGAAAAGUGAUAUUUGGUUAUUGGGUUGUGUAUUAUUUGAGAUGUUUACUAACGAAAGUUUGAUGAAUGUACAUAAUUUUUUGUACAUAAAAAUAUACGAAAAAAAAGAUCUACUAGAUGAAAUUAUUUAUAAAAAAAUAAAGAAUAAUUUUGAAGAAAUUUACCAUUUUUUUAAUUAUUUUUUCCAAUUUGAUUUAAAAAAGAGAAAAAGUCUUAAUGAUAUAUAUAUACAUAUAAAAGUGAUCUAUAACACAUAUGUAAAAAAAUUAAAGAAAGAAAGGGAGCUGUUAAGAAUAAUACAAAGAAACAUAGCACAUGAUUAUAGAAUGUAUUCCGAUAGUAAUAAAGAUGAUAGGGGAAACCUCUUUCAUAAUAUGAUACACAUAGGAUAUGAUACAUAUUUCUUUGAUAGUAAAACUGUUAAAUAUUAUAAAAAGAUCGACAGAUUGCUAUAUUAUGAGGAAAAGGGGAAAAGAAACGGUGAUUAUUAUUUAUACUCAAAAAAAAAGUUCCUUACCUUUCUCAUAUUAACACGACUGCAAAGGAAAAGAAGUCUUUUCACUGAUAAAUGUAAUUUUGUUUUUUAUACGUUUAAUAACAAGGUAUAUUUUGGUCAAUAUUCGUCAAAUAUGUGUAAAGCGCAUGAUUGUUCAAGAAUCCCUUUUUCGAUAGAAAAGGUAAAAAAAAUACUACAUUUUUUGAUCACACAUAAUAUUGUUAAGAUAUAUAAUUUUUAUUUUAUUUUUAAAAUGAAUGAAGGGGUGAAAGGAUUUCUACGCUUGAACAAUUUAAAUAAACGUAUGAUUUACUCUUUUUCGUCUAUUUUUUGUGAAGAGUCUAUUCCUUCAGAUAGCAGAAGGAAUAGUGAUGUAACCAACGUGCAGGUGUUAUAUUUCAAAAAGAAGUUAUUUUACAAAAAAAGCAAAAAUACGAAAAAGGUAUUUUAUAAAUAUCUUAAUUUCCUCUCAUCGAAAAAGUACAAACCGAUUUUUAAGAAAUUUUGUAAAUAUAGCAAAAUAAAAAUUUAUAAUAAAAACGAUUUAAAGAAUCUCUCUUAUUUCUUUUUAUUCUUUUUUAUCAAUACUCAUCUAAAACUUCAUACUAACUCAAUUGAUGAAAACAAAAAAUAUUUUUUUAUUUUAAAUAGUGAUCAAAAUUGUGAGUAUAAUUCUUUUUAUAAUACACAUAUAUUGUCGUAUAAUUUCUCAAAUGUUUUUUUGUGCUUUUUUUUUUUCGUUAUAUUUGAAAUAAAUAUAGAAGAACUAUUUUUCUUUUUCAAAACAGACACGACGGUAUCAUUUUCAGACAUGGAUAUAAGUUUGUUCAAGGAGAUUAUGAACAACUUUUUUUAG